AUGGAAAUGGGAGUACAAGUAAAAGUGAUUUGACAUUAAUGUGAUUACGAAACAAAUCAAGUUAAAAGGCGAAUUGUACAACUAUGAGAAUAAACCUUAAAUAAGGCAAUGCUGCGUUUCAGGAUUUAACUGAUCGACAAGUGAAUAUAACGAGACUUUCGGUAGGGACGGAUUAAAAAACACCACAUAUGCAGCUUCGGCACCAUUUUGUAUUAUUUAAUUUAUAAUUUAAAAACGACGGCGACAUUUUUAUACAUCAUCAUACCAAAUCAAUAUAAAAAUGGCUGAAAAUCAAAUCAUUAUAACGACCUCUAGCAGAGUACUCAAUGAGAGUAACUCCCAUAAUGGAGCUAUACAGCGUAAACCAGAACAUGGAGCAAAACAGAGCUACCAUGUCCACCAUCCAAACGACGAAAAUUGGCAGACUUUAUUGGUCGGCGCCAGCAAAAACAAAUUAAAGCGAAAGAAGAAGUUGAGUGCAUCGCUAACAUCCGUUGGUGAUGCUGUCAAUCAAGAGAAACGAACCCGCAUCGAGGGUAUUCAGUUGAAUUGUAGAGGCAAAUUGCAUGCCAAGGAUACCCGCACUUUUGAGUCGGCCACUGUCCCAGUCACUACGACUGCCAAAGAUGCCGUCAAGACGACUAGCAGCAGCAACAACAACAACAACGUAGAGCGUCCUGUAAUUAUCGGGGGCGUAACCACAACCAAUCCUGCUCCGCCGCAACGAGUUAAGCGUAAGCUGCAAGAGAAUCUAGACACAAUACAGAAGUUAAAUGCCCUCACAGAGCAACUACGCUUGGAAGUAAAUGGAUUAAAGUCCACUUUGAUAACAGAACGUGGGGCAGUGCGUGCCUUAAGGGCUCAAAACGAUGCGGAUUGUCGCAAAUGGAAAUCUGAGAUUAAAAAGCUUCAGCAAACGCUGGAGACAACUAAGAAAAGCAACUGCAAUGUUGCAAAAAAACCCAACGAAUUUGCCCCAGAGGGCAACUGCACAUAUAUAUCGGCCGAUGGCCUAAUUAACUAUGAAAUUCAAAGACUGACUAACGAAAUCGCCGUGCUAAAGGAAGCAAACAGAACUAAGGAUGAGAGAAGCCAGAUUAUUGGUCAGGCUGAUAGACUCAAGGCUGCCGAUAUGCGGCAAUUGAAAAAUGCAUAUGAAAACCGAUUGACUCACAUACAAAAAUCAGCCAAAAUUGAAAUAACACGUUUGCUAGAGGAAAUCAAGACCAAAGAACGUAAUAUAGGACAAUUGAAGAAGGAUUUAAUGAUAUUGCAAAAUCCCAAGAAACCAAAUGAAACGAAAUUCAAAACGAACGAAACGAGCCAAAAGCCAAAGAAGAAACCCUUAACGAACAAUGAGAAAAAGCCAACAACAGCAAUAAAAGUUAAAAACGAAACUGAACCCAUAAGCCAGGCUCAAGUUACAACUGAGAUAACCCAACUCAAGAACAUUGAGCUAAUCAACAAUAGAAAAAAUGCACAUAAAUCAACAACAAUAAUAACAACAAAAACAAAACAAGACGAAAUGAGAGGUGUACGAUUAAGUGUUGGUGGCGGAGGAGGAGGAGGAGGAGGAACAAAUGUAGAAGGCGCCACUGCAUGGAUGACAACACUGCUGACUAAUGCAGCAUCUAAGCCUAAGGACCAUAACUCGGACACAGAUUCAGCUUUAUCGUCGGCACCGCCUUCGAUUAGUCCACAACCGCCAUCCAGUGGAGCCGACAGCGGUGUAAUGUGGCAAACAUUGCAGGAUUUGGAUAAAAUGCAAAAGGAAGCGGAAAUGUGUCACAAGGAAAAUGAACGUUUGCAAACCGAACUGCAGAUGAUGAAACAGGACCUUCUGGGUGCCGAAAAGGCGGCCCUUACCGUCAAUGAACUAAAACAGCAUAUCAAAGACCUAGAGGAGCAGCAGCUGCAGUUGAACGAUGAAGCCAAUGAACUACGCGAACAGAAUGAACUACUUGAAUUUCACAUACUGGAAUUGGAAGAUGAUAAUGAUAAGUUGGAUAUGGACGGCACCUGCGAGGGUCAUUGCCAGCGUUUGGAGAAUCUUUUGCGAAAAUCAACAAAUCAAUUGGAGGGCCAGGAGAAACGUUGUCUUCAGCAGUUACUUCAGUGUGUGCAACAACUCGAUCUUGACGCCGGGAUGCCUGUUGAUCAGAGCAAAUCCGAGCGUACAAGGCACAAUCGUAUUGUAGCCACUGUCCAGCCGUAUAGUAAUAGUGCCACGCCCAGUGCCCCACCAACGCCGAGUAAACGUUGCACCAGUCAUUCUGGCAGUGCCUGGCAGAGCAACAGUCUAAGUGAGAGUGGAGUCUUUGUGGAAUGCGAUUUGUCUGUGCCCCCACCACAUCCCCAUCUUCAGUUCUAUCAAGAGAGAUUGGAUCAAUUGGAGGGCAAGUUACUGGUUUAUGAGAGCAGUGGAGAGACCCAGGCCAAACACUUGGCCCAACGUCUGCAGCGCGAGUUGCAAUUGGAAAAGGAAUUGAAGGAGUUGAGAGAUCGUCAAGAUCAACUUAUCGCGGAGAACGCCGCCAUUGAAGAGGCCAAGUGUGAAUUCGAAGAGGCGGAGAACGACACGCGUUUGCAUCUACAACGCAACGAAGUGGAGUUAGAGAUUCUACGGCAGCGAAACGUGGAAUUGGAAUUUGGUAAAGAAGCUCUGUGUGCCAAGUACAAGGACUGUCGAGCCGAGUGUGCGAUUCUACGCGACGAUCUGAGGGCGGCUGAAACCCAAUUGGAACAUCUGCACUCAGAAAGGCGUACUGUCAAGAGAGAAUUGGACAGUUUGCGACGCUCCCUGCCAUUGUUGUUGAUUUAUCGCCUCUGGGAUAUAGCCAGAAUGGGUAACGAAAUGUCCACCACAACCGACACAAUCAAUCCCACCCAAUCACAUUGUGCCGAGGACGCCGAUGGACUGCCUCAUUUAAAGGGUGGUCAGGAAACUAUGAAGCAAACCUACUGCCAGCUACCUAAUAGAAAUAUAGAAACCGAUGGAUGUGCGUGCCGCGAGAUGAGCUAUCUCAAGGAGGAAGUGAAGAGCCUUCGUUGUCAGUUAAAGGAAGUCAAUUCACGUCACUACGAAGCCAUGGAGACAGCCGACUCGCAUUGGGUGGAGUUGGAGCGGGAGUAUAAACAGCGCGAGGAAGCCUAUCGCGCCAAAGAAGUUUGUCUGAAGCAAAAAAUUGCCAAGCUGCAGGAUUGUUUGCGCGAAGAUGCUCGUGCCGCCGCCGAGAAGAUUCAGCAGUUGGAAGAGGCCGAGCAUGGAUUGAAAACAUGCUUGGUGCGUUUAACCAAAGAGCAUCGCGAUCUCUUAGAGGAGAAUCACACGCUCCAAAGCAGUGUGGAGAGUAGUAAGGCCCAACUGGAACUGGAGGCGGAACAGCAACAGCCUCUGGCUGUUGCUUUGGAAAAUGAGAGACGGCGCAGUCAGGCUUUAAUCGAUGAUCUGAGUUUCUCGAAGAAGAUGCAACAUAACACUGAAGAGCAACUGAAACAGGAGACUGACGGCUUGCGCAAUCAAAUCUAUAGCCUUAAAAAGGAUUUCAUGCACAUUGAGGUGACAAAUGGGGAACUUAAAGAAGAAGUUGGCACAUUGGAAAAGAAAAUUGGUCAAAUGGAGUUGCAACUGAAGGAUGCCACAGAGAAAACACGUUGCCUCGAGGACGAACUCAGGACAAAGGAGGAGCAAUGCCAGAUAAUGGAACAAAAACUGGGUGUAUGCCCAGAGGGAUUCAGUCUCGCGGAUGAGCUGUAUGACAGUCCGGCCAAACGAGCCAAACGCGAUGAGAUUAGAGAUUUGCAAACAGCUAGCCAAGGUUUGGGUUGUGCCCUGCGGGAUAUUGAGCGUCGCGAAAGAGAGCUGCCCACCCACAAGGAGUUCCAGACAAUAGCCUGCAGUGUCAAGCAGCUGGCUGACACCCUAUUAUGUGCCAAGAAUCCAUCCGAGGUGAGUACAGCAUGUUUGUGUCAGUCUGGAGACGAAGUCUCCGCCAAAGCCCUCUGCAAGCCAUGCGAUGAAAUGGAUUUGGAUCAAGACAAGCCCGAAUCUAGCAAGCCAACAAUUAGCCAGGGCAUCACAGAGCGUUCCAUGUCGCAGCCAACCAGUCGCCGUGGCUCUCAGACAAGUCACAGGAGUUCCCAACCAUCGAGUCCCAGUCGACGUAACUCUAGGCCCAGAGGAUCGGCGCGUUCUCAAGGCGGUGGCACCAGCCAGCAGGAAGAUAUGGGUGACUUUUCUGUGGGAUUAACCCUUGGCGAUUCUGAAAACCAUAUUUGCAAAGUGCCUUCGUCUAUGAUGCAGUUCGUCAAUCAUGACAAACAACUCGAUGAACUGGAAAAUCAAAAGGUGGCCGAGAAGCCCAUUUCGUUGCGGCGCAAGCGGAAACUUUGCAAACGUUUCAUCUAUCGUCGGAUGUUCCGAGUUCGAGCCCGUCGCAGUGGUGCCCUUCCCCGCCAUCUCGAGCACUCGCUUUCUAAUGGUAGUUUCUAUUCGGUGGCUUCGGUACAUACAGUUCAUUCAGCCAAAUCGUUGCUCUCUGUGAAAUCCCAACAUGCUGCGAUUUUGGCUCCCCAAUGUGGACAAUGGACAGCCGUUGCUGUAGCCCAGACCGAUCCAAUAGAAAAGCAGUGUUCUGAAGUUCAAGUGUCUCCGUCUAUCGUGGAUGUGACAAUUCAGGUCCAACCCUCUACCGAAGAAUUUGGCAUGCAAGCGGACAAUAUUGGUGUGGAGCAUCGUCUUCUUUUGCUACCGACACGAACUCAAAGAUUUAUUAAACUGCUACAGGAUGCCGUCAAGGGCAAUUUCAAGGUGGACAUGUUCAGGGAGCGGCUUCUCCAAGCAUGGGAGAGUAGUGAAGAAUUUCGCGAUAAUAUGGAAUUACUACAGAAUCUGUAUACGGAUAAGCCGUGCCCGAAAUAUGAAUCACGUGACUCAUGGGAAAGCUAUGAAGGAUUCGUUUCUGUAGUGAACUGUAUUGAAACGCUCAAGUUAGCCUUUAGACCAAACAUAUCCACGAUGCUUGCGGAUCUCGAGGAAAAUGUUAAUAGCCGCAUCGUUGCUUUCCAUAAUCGUAAAAUCGAAUCCGAAUACUAUUGUACUCUCUAUUAUCCGGUAGAACGUCGCAAUUCCAUGAUCUUUACUACGGACGAAGAGUGAUUACGCUGUGGCCAUAGUUUUUGCUUUUGUGUGUUACUUGAAAUAUAUAUACAUAGAUGAUGUAAAUUAUUCAGUAAAUAUUUUGUGUUGAUUAUGUUUUAUUGUA